AGCGAACAAACCGACGCGACCGAAUCAAAAACGCACAGACGCGCACCCACCUUGGGGGCGGAGGGGAUGCCGCAGGAGGGCGGAGGCGGCGGCGGGGUGGGCGUGGUGGGGAUCUUGGCGUACGCUGCGGUGGCGGCGGUGGCGCUGCGGGUGGUGCUGUCGUACAAGUCGGUGGCGCACGCGGUGGGGAGGCUGUGGCGGUGGGCCGACGAGUGGGCGCAGGCGUACCAGUACUACGAGGUGCCGCGGUUCGGGGACGGCGGGGUGGAGAACCCGCUGUUCCGGAAGGCGGCGGCGUACGUCGCGGCGCUGCCGGCGCUGGAGGACGCGGACGCGGCCUGCGUGCUGUCGUCGGCGUGCAAGACCAACGACUUCUCGCUGCAGCUCGGGCCGGGGCACACGGCGCACGACGCGUUCCUCGGCGCGCGCCUCGCGUGGACCAACGCCGGGCCGGCGGGCGAUGGCGGCGGUGGCCGUGAGCGCUUGGUGUUGCGUGUGCGUCGCCAUGACCGGACACGCGUGCUGCGUCCGUACCUGCAGCAUGUCGAGUCCGUCGCCGACGAGAUGGAGCUCCGCCGGCGUGAGCUGAGGCUUUACGCGAACACCGGCGGCGAUGGCGCGCUCUCGCCGAGGUGGGCGUCCGCGCCGUUCACCCACCCGGCAACGCUCGAGACGGUGGCCAUGGACCCGGAGCUCAAGGCCCGCGUCCGCGCCGACCUGGAGAGCUUCCUCAAGGGCAGGGCGUACUACCACCGGCUCGGCCGCGCGUGGCGCCGGAGCUACCUUCUCUACGGCCCGCCCGGCACCGGGAAAUCCACGUUCGCCGCAGCGAUGGCCAGGUUCUUGGGGUACGACGUCUACGACAUCGACCUGUCCCGCGGCGGCUGCGACGACCUCCGCGCGCUGCUCCUGGAGACCACCCCGCGGUCGCUCAUCCUCGUCGAGGACCUGGACCGCUACCUCCGCGGCGGCGACGGGGAGACGUCCGCUGCAAGAACGUCGAGGAUGCUCAGCUUCAUGGACGGGCUCUCGUCCUGCUGCGGCGAGGAGCGCGUCAUGGUGUUCACCAUGAGCGGCGACAAGGACGGCGUGGACCCGGCCGUGCUGCGGCCGGGUAGGCUGGACGUGCACAUCCACUUCACCAUGUGCGACUUCGAGGGCUUCAAGACUCUGGCCAGCAACUACCUCGGCCUCAAGGACCACAAGCUGUACCCGCAGGUGGAGGAGGGCUUCCACGCCGCCGGCGCCCGCAUCAGCCCCGCCGAGCUCGGCGAGAUCAUGCUCUCCAACCGCGGCUCCCCGAGCCGCGCGCUCCGCACGGUCAUCAGCGCGCUACAGCACGUGACGCCGGCCCCGGCGCCGCCGCAGCCCCGGACGAGCUCCGCCUCGCGGCCGCCGCCCAGGCUGACCGCGAGAUGGUCCGGUCACCUCGACGAGGCCUCCGCGGCGGGCGCCGCCAGCGCGGCCGACCAAUCGCCGAGCGGUGGCGGCGGCGGAUUCGGGAAGGACGCGCCGAUGAGGGAGUUCAAGAAGCUCUACGGGCUGAUCAAGAUCAGGAGCCGCAAGGACGGCGGCGUCGUCCCCGUCGACGACACGGCGUCGGCGAACGGCCGGGGCAGUGACGCCAGCGCCGACAAGGACCGGUGAUUAAAUCAAAGGAAACAUUUUGCACUUGCUCUCUUCAAUUUUUUGUGUCUUCGCUCUUGAUCACGGUUUGUUUUAAAUUUGUUCUUCUUCUCAUUUGUAAUUUGGGAAUUGUAAAUUGUAGUGUAGUAGCCAAUUCAAAAUGAUGGCUCAAACUCAGUGCAAAUGGAGGCAAAAAGGAAAAAAAAAACCCAAAAGCAUUCGAGCCUUACCUUUCUGCUCUGCAUAUGAUGUACAGUGUUAUUAGUGUUUAGAAUUUAGAACAUGUGGAAUUGCACAUUUGGCAUCCAAAUUACAGGUGAGAUUGUGUUUACAUUUGGCAA